GGUAGCAGAUGCAGUUGGGAUCUUUACUAGAUUCCCUUGAACGCCUCAUUUUACACAAGCAUCAAGCGGUGACAGUCUGGCGAAGCUCCGUAACUCGCAGCACCGCGAAGACCAACUGAAGCAACAUCCCUCAUCUGCACUAAGGAGCUUCUUUACAUCAUGGACGGGAAACAAAUCAUCAACUUUGGAGCUGGACCUGCCAAACUACCUCAGUCUGUGCUGCUUCAAGCUCAGAAGGAGCUUCUUAGCUACGGUGGCCUUGGGAUCAGUGUUCUUGAGAUGAGCCAUCGAUCAGCAGAUUUCAACAAAAUCAUCAACAAGUCAGAGAGUCUGCUUCGAGAAUUGUUAGAUAUCCCAAACAACUACAAGGUGUUGUUUCUGCAGGGCGGUGGCUCUGGACAGUUCAGUGGCGUUCCCCUCAACCUGAUAGGUCUAAAAGAGGACAGGUGCGCCGACUACCUGGUGACCGGCACGUGGUCAGCUAAAGCUGCAAAAGAAGCAGAGAAAUAUGGCAAAGUCAACAUCAUCCACCCGAAACUGGACAGUUACACGAAAAUUCCCGACCCCAGCAGCUGGACCCUGAACCCGUCCGCAUCGUACGUGUACUACUGCUGCAACGAGACGGUCCACGGUGUGGAGUACAACUUCACGCCUGAAACCAACGGCGUGGUCCUUGUCAGCGACAUGUCCUCCAACUUCCUGUCACGGCCCGUAGAUGUAUCAAAGUUUGGGCUCAUUUUUGCCGGCGCCCAGAAGAACGUGGGUUGCGCCGGCGUUACAGUGGUCAUCGUGCGAGAAGACCUGCUAGGCCACGCCCUGAAGGAGUGCCCCAUUGUGCUGGACUACAAGGUGCAGGCUGAAAUGAACUCCCUCUACAACACUCCUCCAUGUUUUAGCAUCUACAUCAUGGGUCUGGUUCUGGAGUGGAUCAAGAAUAACGGAGGUAGCGCUGCCAUGGAAACACUCAACAAGCAGAAGUCCUCCAUGAUUUAUGACAUCAUCAACUCUUCAAAUGGUUUUUAUGUAUGUCCUGUGGACGCUGCGUGUCGGAGCCGCAUGAACGUGCCUUUUCGUGUUGGGAAGAAAGAAGGAGAUGAGUCUUUGGAGAAGUUGUUUCUGGAGGGUGCAGCCAAGCGUGGAAUGAUUUCACUGAAAGGACACAGGUCAGUGGGAGGAAUGCGUGCGUCCUUGUACAACGCUGUAACUCUGGAGGACACUGCAGCCCUUGCAGACUUCAUGAGAAGUUUCCUCAAAGAGCACCAGUAAACCAACAGCACUUAAAAGCACAAGUUGUCACUUUGUUUUGGAAGAUUUUCAAAGUAAAUGUUGAAAUUUAAUGUAUUGAAAACGGUUAUUAAUUAUUCUCAAUGGACUAAGCCCACUAAUUCCAAAUUAGUCUUAUUUACGUAUGUUUUAUGUAGCAGUUUGCUUUAUUUUUGUUGACUAAUACUGUUUUAGUUCCUGGUACUUACAUGUCAAUAAAUGUACUUUGGAAAUUCUCUUCAUUUCAUGGCUUUAAGACUAAAUUAAUUGUCUUUGCUGACUUUCUAAUUAUAAUUGCUCCAAAAUCCUUAAGGCUGCAUUAAGUAGCAUUGAUAAAAAUGUUUUUGCAUAUUUAUUGAAAUAUAAUAAAGACAAUGGAAAACAAAAUCAAGCAUGCACAAAAACCUAGGUAUUCUCAUUGGAUCAUACCUAACUAACUCAGUCUCUGCUAUCUUAAAACAUUGCUAGCAUAAAAGGUUCCUUAUCAAUACACCCAAAAAUGUUAAAUGGCCUGUACUUGUACAGCGUUUUAUUUAGUCCAGAGAACUCCAAAGAGUUUUGCACUACAUUCAUUUACCCAUUCGCGCACGCAUUCAUACGCUCAUAACAAAACAACUGGUGCAUGAUUUCAUUUUUAGUGUGUUUGAUUAUUGUAGAGGUAUCUGAGGGUUAACCAGACAACUGCAGUUUAUCCAAAAUGCUGCUCCGGGUGUUCUGAUAAACACCAGGAAACAGCAGGACCAUUUUACAGCAUGGAUUAAUCAUUGUACUGGUUUCCACCCACCCAGCAUUUACAUACAUUACCCUUAUAGGUAGGAAAUGGACUUAAAGGAAGGCCCUAGAUGUUAUUUACCACUGGUUAGAACAACUUACCCACAAAGGUCAAAUGUUGUUUUAGUCAGUUCAUUUCUAUCAUGUCUUAGGUUUUUAGUUAAAUUUACAUUUAAUGUUUCUCUUGAUAUACUUCUUAUUUUUACUCAGGUUUUUAAAAAAAAUUAUUGUGUUUUUGUGCAUUCAACAAUUUAAAUCCUAUCACCUGGCUACCAAGAAGAUUAAACAGUUCUAACCCCAUGGAUUUUUGGUUGCUGACAGAGUGAAACCAGUUGUAUUUGCACUAAUCAACCGCUAGGUGGAAGUGUUAGUCCAGAAACACUUUUUCUAAACUGCAGACGAGAUGAGAAACUGCCAUUUAAUUUAAUUAGUCUUUUGUAUCCUAUAAUGUCGUAUAUAAAAAACAUUACCUAUGAAAGCAUAUCCAACAAGGUAUUUGUAUAAAUAGCCAUUUAUAUGUUCAGGUGAUUCAUUAGAAAAAUAUUACCUGGAAUAUUGAUAAAGGUAGAUUUUAAUGAAAAUUAUAUGUAGAAUUUGUUUAUUUCAUGGCAACAUGCAGCGAAAAAAUGACAAAUUAUCAGACUGAAGAGGAGUUUAUCUCACAACCACUGGCAAAAAAAUUUCCUCAUCAGGAGGGAGAAACUAUAACCUUCACUGGAAAUAUGCUCCCUGCUUUACAAUGUUUUAUAAAAAAAAAAUAAAAAAAUUAAAAGCUUUCUCUCAAUCUAUUGGUACACAAAUACACCCACUUUCCAUACACAGAAGCAUGCUGUUAACAGAGGUUUCUGUGGCGAUACCAGGAGAUGUGCAUUUUCAGAAGCAAACAUAGUUCCUCAGUCAAUUACAGCUUUUCUGCUGGUGCAAAUUGAUGUAUGGCAGUAAAAUGUGUUGGAUUUGUUAUUUUUACUAAAAGGCUCUUAUACUAGGAAGAACUGUAUAAAAUAACAUAACACAGCACAAAAGAUUGAGAUUGUAAUCCACGAUGAAGCACAAAAAAGAAGGCAGAUUGUCUCCUCUCUGAUUCCAGUCGGUGACCUGAGGAGAUGUAAGAAAAAAAAAAGUUUCCAUUUUCUUACUUUCAUUAUAAGAUGUAAUAAAACACAAGGUAAAGUUGAUCCAGCAGUUAUUAUUUUAUAUAACAUCCCAGAUGAUGCUUUCCAAAAAGUAAUUUUGGCUGUUAGCAAAUAUCAAUACCAAAAGCAGGGGAGAAAAGGCUGGCUGCUGCUGUUGACUGUGGAUCAUGAGGGAGAGAGAUGUUGGUCCUGCUGUGUGAAGCUUUGUGUGCUGAACGGCUGACAUGUUCCACUGCAGGCACAUAUCGCUUAAUGCCUGAAAUCUUUGCGUUAAAAAACAUCCUGCAUCCUAGUUUUCUGAAAUAUUCUGAAGCUUAUGUCACGGUUAUCCUAAAUUGUAUGCUGAAAUGUGUUUGUGAGUCUCAUUCUUUCAUUUUGCUCGUUUUGGUCAUCGGGGAACUUACGAAUGCCUUGUCUGCUGAUUUGCUGGCAGAUUUCUGUAGGUUUUAAGGCUGUUGGCAUACUGAGUAUGUCAUCUAAAAAGAUUUCCUUUUUCUAAGACAGCCUUUAAUUCAAAGUGGCUUUGCCCCAAAAUGAAAAAAAAUAAAAUAAAAUAAUUCUUUGAAUAUUAAAGGAAAGACUAAAGGCUGAACAGUUUUGGCUUAUUGGUGUUCUGCAGUUAUAAAAUAAUGAACCUUUCUUUUAAAAUAAAACUAUGGUUUUUAUGCUGUUACUCCCCCUAAUAAUCACAGAAAGCUUAUUAAAAAGAUAAAACGUACAAUGAACACUCAAUUAAAACACAAAAAAAUUUAUUAAAAUGAAACAAUUGUAGUGUGAGUGCACAAGAGAAAAUUCAUAGAAUUUCCAGAUGUAAUUUGAUGAAAAAAGAAGUUUUCUGCAAAGACGUACCAGUCGUACCAACCACCUGUAAUCGUAAAAAAUAUAAACUCUCAUUGAAGGCUUGUUUGCUUUUGUAGUUCCUGGAAACAUAGAUAUUUAAUACAAGUUUGAACAAUACUAAAAAUCAUGCACAAAAAAUUAAAAAGAUGUGGAAAAGACCUUGUACUGAAGUAAAAAAAGUAUUUUCUGAUAAAGAAUUAAUUAAGACUCACCCACUUUUAAUCCUACUUGAAAUGGAAAGAAUCACAAAUCAGCAUUCCACAUCACAUGUCUAUGAAAGGAGUAUUAUUAGAUGUUUCGAAAUACAAGUGAAGCAAACUGUCAACAUGCCCAGGUGUUGCCUUUAAAUCAACUUCACCCUAAAAGUGGAUUGCAAGAUGCUAAACGUGAAAGUCUCCUAUGCUGUCCUCACAUGACCUAUAUCAGGUGACUCUGCAAUCAGAAACAAACUGUACAAGUUUAAUUUUUAACAGGAAACAUUUGCAAAGAGGAAACCCGCCUGAAGGUCAGACUGAAGUUUGUGAGAAUGCUGCUGGAAUAAUGUUCUUUGGAUAAAUUAGUCUGAAAACUGAAUUAUUUGGACACCAGAACAGCAGGACCUGGCCAAAAUAAUGGAAUGUGUUCUAUUAAUUAUACAGAGCAUCAGAGGAAAGAAAAUGUGACACAUUGGUUCUAAAAAAAGAAAAAAGAAACCAAAGCUGGACCCUGCAACAUGAUAAUGAUUGAAAACAUACCAAUAAAUCCACCGAGGGCUGGCUGAGAAUUCACAAAUGGAAAUUGAUGGGCCAAGUCCAAGCCGUCCUCUCCAUCGCUCUAAAAUGCUCUGGAGUGACUUAAAACAGGAUGUUUAAACAAGAACCCCCCCAAAUAUCUCGCAGCAAAAGUGAGGUGACAUUUCAGCACUUACUAUUAAGAUUGCAGUUUCCUAACAUUUCACAUAAAAUGCAUUUUAUGUGAAAUCUGUUGCUUAGGGAGUAAAAUAAUGUUAACACUUUUGCUUUAAGUGCAAUUAAGUCAGUUUCUUCUCCGGAGGUGAAUAAAAGCAUCAAUAUUUGAACAUUUAAUAAUAGCUGAAUAAGGAGUGUCCUAUUUUUUCACAACAUCACAGACAGAGUAAAAAUUUGAGCUGCUUGAAGUAAAGUGAUCAAUAGCAAUCAAACAGCAAUUAAAACGGUUAUAUCUACAAACGCAGAAGAAACCAUGCUUCUUUGGGCUGUCAUUUGCAGGAAAAAUAUCUGUUUAUGACUCAAAAAGUCCUUCGUAAAGGUAAUUUCACUAGCUCCUUAACAUUUGCAUAUCAUGCAAUAUACUUUCCAAUCCUUCAAAGCAACUAUGUGUUAUUAUGUCUAUGUCACCAGCUCUUCAUAUUCUAAUGUCAGCCUUUUCUAUUCUGCCAGGAAACCUAACUAAAAAAAACAGAAGAAAAAUCCCAGAAAUGUUGUUCACGAUGCUGUUGCAGAUCCACCUCAAAGCAAGAAAAAAAGAAGAUGAAAGAUAAGAAGGAGCAGAGAGGCUUUGAAAUGCGAGCGGGAGUUAAAGCAGAGAUGGGAGGUUGUGACAGGAUUGUGUGGUGAUUCUCGGCCCGUCAAGCCCAUUAAUGUCGAGGUAAUGCCACCGGCGAGCAGCAGUAAGACUGUGAUAAUGAAAAACACCGGGGAAGACAAUAUCAAAUGGCUCCUCUACAUCCUGCAGUGGAGAUUAGUCUACUCCAAAGCAGGGUGGCAGAGGCACAGGAGGCAGAGGCAGGCUUUAGUGCUGCUGAUUGAGUCUCAUGUCAAGAGCUCCAUGCAUGCAGCACGAAAAGUUACCGUGACUGACAUUCUUUAUGCAACCAGGGACCCACACAGAUUCAGCUCACGCUGCCUUGGAAGCUGUUCUCUAUAGAUACAGUAUUCUGCAGCUUUUAAAAGGAACAUCAUAGAUUUCUGAAUAUACCCUUGGUCCUGAUGUUUUUCUGUUCUGUUCAACUGUUCAGAAGAUGUCACAGCUUUCCAUUAGAUAUGGUUGCUAGUUUAUGAAUGUGCAGCACUUCUUUUUAAUUUGAAAUGACUGUCUUUCUGUCCUUCAACUUACAUAAAUGUUUUUUUCACUGAUAGGAUUAAUCUUUGACAUAGUCAGUUAUUUUUAAUGGUGCAAUUUCUUAUGUGUGAAGACAGAUAACAGACAUGAUUUAUGCUGAACAUGAAAGCAAAAUUCACUCUUCUAUAUUCAAUAUUAACCAGUUUUGAUAUUUUCUAUUCUGAAAACAUUUCUCAGAAUAGAAAUACAUUGUUGUAUGUCUUAUUAACAAAGUGAUAUACAACAUUAUCCAUUUGUACCCCUUUCCUUUUGAACCAAUCAAGAAAAACUUGUGGUGAGACUGAAAAAUGUUAAUAAAUGUAAAAUUUAAAUCAGGUGCUAUAGAGUUUAACACAAUAAAAGCAAAACUGGCAAUGCCAGAUGCAAAGCAAGCCAAGACAACAGUGCAAAUAUUGUCUUGACCUAAAGCCAACAUUUCAAAGGACUAACCCUAAGCCAAGAUGGCUGACAUACUCAGAUAAUCAGUUGUUACUUUGAAAGAAGAUAUUAGUGCUUCAUAGAACCGUAAUACUGUGUAAUUCUAUAAAUGUCGGGAAUGUUUGCAGGCCAACAAACAAGCAAUUUUGACAAAAACCCAUUAAAAGGUUUUCAUUCAUUGUAGACAACGGUAACAGGCUAUAACGUGUUUAAUCCCGUAAGACCUUUGACCUUUUUACGUGAAAAUGCCAACACAGUAAAGUGUAAUGAUUUGACAAUUAACUCCAUAUGGAAACUUUUAAGAAACACAAUAUGAAUCAAGUUGGUCAUGUCAUUUUCUGCUUGUGCAUUCAGUCACACUUUUCACAAUGUACACAGCAUAACAAAACAAUGGUGGACCUUUGUGAUCCGUCUGUGCUGCUACAACUCUUCAGAUUGUUUAGUGUGUUAAAGCAAAAUCUGCUCAUUGUGAAACAUUUAUGCCUUUAGUAAAGACACAUUGCAUGCACCAGGUUAUGUUUGUACCUUUGUGCAAGUGACGGGUUACAAAAACACAUCCCUGGAUCAAAAGGUUCAAAAGUUUCACUACCCUCUCUACAGGUGUGCCACAUGCUUAGAAUGAUGGAAAUUUUUUUUUUGGAAGUGCCUUGAUUAGGACCUUGAAGACAUUACAACAGGCUAAAAGAUAUUAAAACGUUCUUCCUGUGCUGUAUAGAAUGUAACCAGUAAAUUAUUUUCUACAGUUAAAAUUACAGGGUGAAAGGAUUAAUAGAAGUUUUCAAAUCUGAUGAUCCAAUGAUAUCUUUACGACAUUAAGAAGAUUAAGAACCUUGCAUUUUUUCUUAAGAUGCCAAAAAAGUAAUUUUAUGCUAACAUAUUAAAAGGCUGAAUAUUGUUCUUGUCAGGUAAUAUAACAGUAACUAAACCUUGAAACUGGAAAGAUGUUUAACCUCUUCUUCAAUCUCUAAGGUCAAAUUUGCUUUUCAAUAUAACUUUGCAAAGAAAAGUAUUUUCCUCUUGACCAUGUGAGUCAUUGUGUUUGGUUUAAUUGGUUUCUUGAUUUUUUCAUCUUAGUUAUAUCACCAGACUUGUGCUUGAGUGUGAUAUUUACCCACUUGUUUUUUUUGUUUUAGCUGCUGAAUUUAUUAUCACUGUCAGUUUUCUCAUUAAACCAUGUUACUGUCAGAGUUG